ACACCGGAACUGGACCUCUGAACGGAAAUCAUGCGAAGGGUGAGCCGACAAGCCUGCGAGGAGGGCCCGGUGCUGGAGGAGCAGGAGACGGAGGGUCAGCGCCAGCUGCACAGCCUCCUCCUGCAUCAGCUCCACACCCACGUCGACAUCGACCGAUGUGUGGCCAAGAAGCAGUGCUUCGCCCCCGCAGCCCUCUAUCGGCCGUUUGGGGAGCAGGCGGCCGGAGUGAGGAGCCUGUCCCAGUUCCAGGCUCUGCAGGACGGAGACAAGGAGCUGGUCGGCCUGCGGGAGCUGGGCCUGACCGACGCUGAGAUCCAGCUGUGGCGGAGCAGAGACGCUCCGGAGGCCACGGAGAAGUCCCACGGCGUGCGUGCAGCUCCGGAUGCGAGGCGGCAGCGUCUGCAGGUGAUCAGAGACAAGAUGGAGGCCAGGGCAGAGCUCCUGUCCCGCCCUCAACGCUUCAACGCCAGCCGCCCGCUGUCCCGCCGGGAGAUGGAGAUCGAGCAGGCGUUGUUUCAUGGGAACGAGCGGCUGGGGUUCCUCACGGCGCUCUAUCAUCGAGAUGAAGAUGAUAAAAAUAACCAGCAGGGGGCGUCAUCCUCCGACCCAAUGGACUCCGUCUACAGAGAUGUUCUCAGCUGCCAAGCUUCUCUUCCAGACACGGAGAGACGGCACAGCUCUGCGACCGACCAAUCAGGACGCUCCCAGAGCCUUGACAGCCAAUCAGCAGCCUCGUCUGACCCUGGGUCAGAUCUGCAGGAGGAUCAAAGGUCAGGUUCAAAGGCCUCCGAGCAGCAGGUCACUCCGGACCAGUCAGAGCCUCCUGCAGCUCCUCACGUUCAGAUCCGUCUAAACCAGCCAAUCGGCAGCCUGCGUGGAGCGGCGGGGGCGGGGCCAGGCGGACCUCUGACCGUCAGAGGAGAGAUCCAGGCGGUGACGAACGAAGAGAUCCUGAAGAACCGCGGAUCCGAGGAGGAGAUCCGGAGCAUCCCGAGGUUCAGAAACUACCAGCCAGGAAAAGUGUCCAAGGUUCUGUGUGUGAAGAACCUGAGUCCGCAGGCUUCGGUGGCCCAACUGGUGGCGCUAUUCUCCAGGUUCGAGCAGGAGAGCGGGCCGCCGGUUCUUUACCGACUGCUGACGGGCCGGCUGAAGGGUCAGGCCUUCAUCACUCUGCCAGACGGCGAAACGGCCCAGAAUGCAUUGCAGUUGGUCCACGGGUACCGGUUGCUAGGGAAACCGCUGGUGGUUGAGUUUGGUCGAGGGCGACAAGAAGAGGAGAAAUAAAAGUGUCUCAGCAAAAAGGCUGAGAAAGAUGUAAUUAUAGAUAAUAUUUAUCUUUU